GCAGCGAAGUCGAUCCUCGUCCGCUGGUCCGUCCACACGUCAUAUUAUAUCAUCCGCGAUCGUCCGCGCGCGCGUGUUUGCGGGAGAGUUCUGUGUUUGAGUUUCUGUGCGUGAAGCAGAGUGCGGUCGCGAUCAUGUCAUCUGAACGAUUACACUAUUUUGUAUCCACAUCAUCGUAGCCGACACAGCGGAUUUCGGAUUAUAUACCUGACCUACGUCAAUGAAUCAGUGACCAAAAACCGAGUUUAAGAUUUAAGCAUCACAUGUUUAGGUAAUACAUCAUUAUCGUCCCCGCRGUUAACCGAAUCCUACAUUUGCAGUUGUCUCUGGACCGUAUAAGAGUCGACAUCACGCACCUCAACACAAAUAACGCUUCGUAAAUCUUACGCAGUUAUAGAAAAAUAAAGAGAAGCUUCGGCUUCCGAAUAUUUCAAUAGUUGUAUUCUUUAUGCAGAGUACUCAAGUAUCGUCGUCAUCAUGACGAUAUACAUGCCAAAACUCAAAUCGUUCAAAACGUUCCGUUGCGCGGUGACGGUAGAGCCGAUGCUGUUCUUGUAUUUCGUGGCCACCGUACUGUCAAACAACGUGGGCACGAACAUGCUGUUGCAUAAAGGAUGCAACCCGAAUGCGACCGCUGCACCGGACUUACGCGUGUCGCCGGACUGUCUUCUGGAGAACGGCGCGCAGCACGGCGUUUCGUCCAUCAACGUGUGGAAGCACAUGAUCCAGGAACUGAUUUCUCUGGUGUUCAUCAUGUUCGCUGGCCCGUGGAGCGACCGGCACGGCCGUCGGCGCCGGCCGCUGAUGUUCGUGCCGGUGAUCGGACAGAUGACCUGCGACGCGUUCAACCUGCUGUCCACCGUGUUCUGGGGCCUGUCGCCCACCGUCACCGGCAUCACGCAGUCGCUAAUCGUGUCCGUCACCGGGUCGCAACACUGCUUCUUCAUCGGCAUGUUCGCGUACCUGGCUGACAUCACCGACAUGUCCAACCGGACCAUGCGCAUCGGGUUCGCGUCGGCUGUGCUGCCGCUGGCCGCCACUUUGGGCGCGCUGUCCGGCGGUUACCUGAACGUGAGACUAGGGUUCGCCUCCGUGUUCGCCUUGAACAUGGGUCUGAACGCGGUCGCCCUGUGCCUGGGCCUGCUUUUUAUUUACGACACGUCCGAACCAUACAAGACGACCGGUUCGCUGUACAGGAGCACGUUCGAUCCAAAUAUCGCCGUCGAGAGCAUCAAGACUGUGUUCGUCAGGCGGGACAACCACAAGCGAUUUAUUCUCUUGCUGAUGAUCGUCGCCUCGCCGUUGACCGGUGGACCUUUUGUGGGUGAAAUAGGUCUGAUGUAUUUGUAUUUGAGAAAGCAGUUUGGCUUCAGAGAAAUUGAUUUUAGUUUAUUCAAUGCUUACACAAUGGGAAUCAUGCUAUUUGGAUCACUGUUUUCCCUUGGAAUUUUGAGUCGAUACUUUAAAAUGAACGAUGCAAUGAUCGGACUAAUUGCUACUUUCUUCGAUAUUGCAACUGCUGUCGGAUUCCUAUUAGUUACUAAGCUGCAAUACAUAUUAUUUGUACCUCCGUUAGAACUGUUUCGUGGUGCAGCAUUGGCUCUCUGUGGUGCCAUAGCUUCGAAAUGCGUGGAACCUCAUGAACUAGGAUCAAUGAACGCCGUGAGAAUGGCUAUGGACAAUUUAUCGAAAAGUGCAAUCCUACCAUUAUAUAAUGUAGUGUACAACAAAACACUGGAAUCUAAUCCUAGUGCCUUUUUCAUCAUCAGCAUAUGUUUAACCAUUCCGUUAAUUGGAUGUUUUGCCAUUACUUAUUAUUUGACCCGAAAUCAAGUGCCACCGGUUAAACCAAUCCAGCAAAAUAAUUUGGAAGAUGCAUCAAAUGAUCUCAACGCUAAUACUAAUACUAAUACUAAUACCAAUGAGAUGAAAUCCGACAACGUUGAAGGACUUGUUCAUAUGUAGAUCUUUAUUUUAUUUAUAUGAGUAUUAAGACGUACCUAUAACAUAAAAACACCCAAAUUUGUUUAACCACCUAUGGGCUAAGGUAAAAAAUAAGUAACAGGGCAUAAAUUCAUUAGAUAUUUGCAUUGAAUCAAAAUAAACAAUAUUAAAUGUGAAUAUAACAUUUAGCAGACAUUAUAUUAUUACUAUCAAUUUUGUCCAAUGAUG